GAAUGAGCGGGACGUGGAGCAUGUCCGAGGAGCCCAAGCGGCAUUCCCAAGCCCCUCACCUCAAAUGGGCCAACAAUGUAGUGCGGGAGAUUUUGGGACCUUCAGAGCAAAAUACCGUCGGUGAACCUCAGAUCAAGAACGACAAUGGACAACAGCAGGAGGCCGCAGAGCGCUGUCUCUAAAGUGGGAACGGGCGAACGGCACUCGGAGCACAGCUGGAGGAGAGAGCCGUUGGAGUUGGAGGGACUGAGAGGUAUGGAGCAGAGUCAAACUGACAUGCAUGCUGACCAGUUGACGGCUAUGCAUGUCGAUGACACACCCGCACACACUCAUGCUGACACACCGCUAGACACAGGAGGGGAGGAGGAUCAGAGUUUGGACGAAGCGGCCGGGCCGUCUGGUCACCUUCAGCUAGAGGACACAGUUGUAGAGGCGAACCAUAGCGAAGAGGUGGGCCAGGAGGUGGAAUUAUCAGAAAUGGAAAAAGAAGCAAGAAGGGAGAAGGAGAUGUAUUUGUCGGUGAGCAACACGCUCUACAAGCCUAACAGCUGCCCCAUUCUGAAUUAUGAAACUGAGUCUGACCUCCUCGUUCCCUCCAGAGAGGGACAGGGUGGCCAGGAGCUGGAGGACAGAAGUGGUGAGAGCGAGGAGGAGAGACAGAGAGGGGAGCCCGAGGAGAGGAGCUCAGUAGGGGAGGUAGGAGAGAGAAACCAGGCAGAAAGCAGAGAGGGAGAAGUUGUUAGGGAAAAGAAAGGGGCGGGGGGCACUCUGACGAGCAGCUGCAGUUUCCGUGAUUGGGGUCGGGAGGCUCGGAUGCGCAGACGGGGUAUCCGUAAAACCACUGAAAGAAGGAAUGGAGUGAAUUUAAAAGUGGAAGAAAAAGAAGACGAUGAUGCUGGAAGGGAUCGCAGAACCAGAAUAUUCUCUACAACAGAUGAUGAUGAGGAUGAUAAAAGCAAAAGCUGGGGAGAAGUAGAGCUGAGGAAUGUUUUGGACACAAUUGACAGACGGAAAAGGAAUUCAAGGUUUUUCAAUACCGCCCAGCUCUACCAGCAGUACAGCGAGGCCGCCCAGAACAUUGAGAUCAAGCGGCAGGCUCGCUCCGACGUCGUCUCCGUGUACGGGGACAGCAUCCCGUCCCCGUCUCCCUCACCCCCUCCCGCGUGCAGACCUCUUCCUCCCAUCCCUCCCGUCCCGCACCCCCACUCCCUGCUCCAAGUGGGCCCCGUCACCAGUGUCAGAAACUUGCCUCUCCCCGAGCCCCCCAAGAGCGAAAGCAGGCCCCCGUCCCCGCGUCUGUCCAUCUCUCUCUCUCAGUCGGCCACGCUGUGGCGGGAGCUGCCGGGGGUCCAGGACAGCACUGAGCUGGAGAAGCUCACAGACGACCAGAGGCGACUCCAGGAGGUGAGAUUUGAGGUUGUGACUUCAGAGGCCUCCUACUGUCGGAGUUUGGACAUUGUUGUUGAACACUUUGUACAGAGCAAACCGCUCGGCGCGCUGCUGACUACUCAGGAGAGGAACUGGCUGUUUUCGCGGCUCGCUGAUGUUCGCGCCAUCAGCCACAGUUUUUUAUCAAAGUUGGAGGAACGGGUGGAAACUGACAUCAUGCAGUUCACCGUGUGCGACAUCAUUGCUCGGCACUGUCAGCGCUUCAAAAUGGUUUAUGUUCCCUACCUCACCAACCAGUCCUACCAGGACGCCACCUACCAGAGACUCAUGAAUGAGAAUCCCGGGUUCAGGCGAAAUGUGGAGCGAUUAGAGAGGAGCCCUGUUUGUCAAAGGCUUCCUCUUCGUUCCUUCCUCGUGCUCCCCUUCCAGAGGAUCACAAGAAUUAAGCUGCUGGUCCAGAACAUUGUAAAGAGAACAACACCUGGUACUGCAGCGGCGACUCAGGCAAUCAAAUCUUUGAAACUUCUAGAGAAGCUGAUUCAACAGAGCAACGACAGCAUCACUGAGAUGAAAAGCAUUGAGUCGCUGGUCUCCCUCAAUGCAAAGGUGGACUUUGAAGGCAGGACUCUGCCUCUGAUCAGUCAAUCUCGGAGGCUGGUGCGGGAAGGGCCGCUCACCGAACUAAUGGAUAACUGUCAAAAGGAGACGGAGAGGAGUGUUUAUUUGCACCUGUUCAAUGACUACUUGCUGCUUUCACUACUAAAAGAAGGGGGAAGGUUUACCGUAAUCGACCACUGUCCCGUAUCAGACGUGCGUGCCGAGAACUUUGGCUUCAAACUUCACUCCCUUCAGAAGAACCUGUUCCGGCUGCACAUGACGCACAGAUCGCCGGUGCUGCGGACCGACACACAGAGUGAUAAGCUACGUUGGAUGUCUGCUCUGUCGCGGAAAAAUCCUGAAAUCGAUUUUUUGGGCGUAAAAGAUUUGCCACAGAUGCAGUGUAUCCGAGCUAUUGUUUCACAGCAGCCUGACGAGCUGUCGUUGGAAAAAGCAGAUAUCAUUCAAGUGCACCAACAAAGCAGUGACCAUUGGGUACAGGGGAUCAGACUGUCGGAUCGGCAACAUGGAUGGGUGCCCGAGUCACAUUUGGAAACCAUAAUCAACCCAAAAGUCCGGCAACGCAACUUGGAGGACGCCCUCAAACUAACGACUGCCACGGCUGCUGUUUGACCGACUUAAUAGAGGGGAGCGCUGGAUGCAGCGUUAAGGAUACGACACUGUUAACUGCUACAAACUGCUGGAAAAUUUAGGACAUUUUGGACAUUUAGUGCCCCGAACAGGGCAUUAUGUUGAUCACGAUGGUGAGGUCAAUGAGAUGCUUAAGAAUGGACCCCAACGUGACAUUGGGUCUCACUUGGUUAAACAAUACGUUGCUGUUUGAGAAAUCCUGAACUGCUGAGGCCUCCCUGAAAGACAUUAAGGACAUUGGGAUUAUUUUAAGUGUUAUCUGCAGUACUGUACAAAUAUUGUUUAUGCUGUAUUACAUCAAUGAACUGUUUUGUGAGAAAAUGUUUUCAAAAGGGGAAAUUCUUUGCUUGGAAAAUGAUUUUAUUAUCUGUGUAUAUUGAAGUGUCUGGUUCACGUCAAUUGUACAUUUUGGCCCUGCAGAGAAAUUAUGCAGAUUGUAAAAGGUGAUUCAAAUUUGUAUGUAGAAUACAUUUCAAUGACUUGAGAUUAGAUUAUAACACAUUUUACAUACAUUUCAUAUUGAGAGGGAAGUUUAUUGUCUCUACCAUAGAAGCUGUUCUGGUCAUUCAUGAGCUAACUAUGAGGUAAUAAACAUUACCCCAACAAC